AUGCGCAUCUCACUUGAAACCGUGACGGCCGUCCUGGCCUGUCUCUCCACUGGCUAUGCGCUCCAGAUCCCCCCCGAUACGCCGCUGUCGGAAUUGAUCUCGUCGGCCAAAGCGCAUCUCGCAAAGGGCUCCCCGCGCGAUGCUCUCGUAUACUUCGAUGCGGCCGUCUCGCGCGAUCCGACCAAUUAUAUCACCAUCUACCAGCGUGGCGCUGCCUACCUGUCCAUUGGCAAGAACGCGCAAGCGUCGGAGGACUUCAAUCGAGUGUUGGAACUCAAGCCCGGUUUCGAGGGCGCGCUCCUCCAGCGCUCUCGUCUCAAGGCUCGGUCUGCACACUGGACCGAAGCUCUACAAGAUCUCGAGCGUGCGGGCAAGAAGAGCUCGGUCGAAUACCAGGAGCUCGAGGCCGCGCGAGAUGCGGCCGCCCUCGCUGUAGCCGCGGAGAAGAAGGGAGACUGGGAGGCCUGCAUAACGCAGGCUGGGGUGGCCAUUAUGAAGGCGAACACGGAUCUGCCCCUGCGGCAGGCUCGAGCACACUGCCGAUUCGAGAGAGGGGAGGUGGAAGAGGGCGUGAGCGACCUCGCGCAUGUUCUGCAGAUCUCCCCGAACUUGGUGGAGCCGCAUCUGCAGAUGUCCUCGAUGCUGUUCUAUGCACUGGGGGAUAGUGACCGCGGCCUGGCGCAGAUCCGCAAAUGUUUGCAUACCGAUCCGGACUCGACGCCCUGCAAUCGUCUCUACCGGCGAGAGCGGCAACUGGCGAAGACCCUGGGGAAACUGCACAGCGCCCUGGAGGCGCGCAAGUUCAGCAACGCGGCGAAACUCAUGGUCGGUGACGGGGACGACACUGGUUUGAUCGCAGAUGUGAAGGCCGACGUCGCGGAGGCGAGGGGAGCGGGCCAUAUCCACCCCGCGGCAUCCAACAAUCUUUAUAUCUUCCUCGUUGAGAAGACAUGUGAGGCGUAUCGAGAGAUGCGUAUGGUCAAGAAGGCUGGUCCUUAUUGUGCCGAGUCCCUCCAAUUAGUCCCCUCUUCUCUUCACGGUCUGCUCUACCAAGCCCAGGCCGAGUUGGACGAGGAUCGUUUCGAGGAGGCGGUGCGCACGUUGAACACCGCCAGGGAGCAUCAUCCGCAGUCGCAGGACGUCCAGUCUCUCCUUCAAAAGGCACAGGCGCUUCUGAAGCGCUCAAAGCAAAAGGAUUAUUACAAGGUUAUUGGGGUCAGUCGGGAUGCCGAUGAGCGGACCAUCAAGCGUGCAUACCGUCAAUUAAUGAAGCAGCACCACCCGGACAAGGCUCACGCCCAGGGCGUAUCGAAGGAGGAGGCGGAGAAGAAGAUGGCGACCAUCAACGAGGCCUACGAGGUCCUAUCCGACCCCGAGCUACGUACCCGGUACGACAAUGGGGAUGACCCCAACGACCCCCAGGCGCAGCAGCGAGGCAGUCCGUUCCAAGGAAGUCCCUUUGGCCACGGCGGGGGCCAGCAGUUCUUCUUCCAGCAGGGUGGCCAGCAGUUCAAGUUCGGUGGCCAGGGGUUCGGGGGCUUCCCUUUCCCCUGA